AUGGGUGAGGACGGCGAUCCUCACACCUUCGAACCCCGGCCUUCAAGCGUGUUGAUCAAAGCAGGCGCAGAGGGAUCAGAGCAGGCGGGCAUGCUGGCGGGGCCGUCCUUUUCGAAAGCUACCUGGACCUCAGGCUGUACUGUACGUGGCAUCAAUCGGUCGAUCAGUACAGAACCUUCAUCAUCCCCUGUCGGUUUCACGCACCCCGGCUGGGCGUCCAUCAACCGCGGGGUGUUGGUGUGCGACGAGUGUUGCAGCGUCCACCGCAGCCUCGGCCGGCACAUUUCCAUCGUCAAGCACCUGCGGCACAGCCCCUGGUCGGCCACCUUGUUGCAGAUGGUUCAUACCCUUGCGAGCAACGGAGCCAAUUCCAUUUGGGAACACUCGCUGCUGGAUCCGGCCCAGGUUCAGAGCGGGAGGCGCAAAGCGAACCCACAAGACAAAGUCCACCCCACCAAGUCUGAAUUCAUCCGUGCCAAAUACCAGAUGCUGGCCUUCGUCCACAAACUUCCGUGUCGGGAUGAUGAUGGCGUGACCGCCAAGGACCUCAGCAAGCAACUGCAUUCGAGCGUCCGGACAGGGAACCUCGAAACCUGUUUGCGUCUCCUCUCUCUGGGAGCACAGGCCAACUUUUUCCACCCGGAGAAAGGAACCACGCCUUUACACGUCGCCGCCAAGGCGGGCCAGAUCCUCCAGGCUGAGCUGCUGGUGGUUUAUGGAGCCGACCCCGGAGCCCCAGAUGUGAACGGCCGGACCCCGAUCGACUAUGCCCGGCAGGCGUCCCAACAUGAGCUGGCCGAGCGCCUGGUGGAGUGUCAGUAUGAGCUGACGGACCGGUUGGCUUUCUACCUCUGCGGACGGAAGCCGGAUCACAAGAAUGGGCAUUACAUCAUCCCACAAAUGGCCGACAGAGUGCAUCCCAAAUGCAUGUCUCAAAGCCUGGAUCUGUCAGAGCUGGCAAAAGCAGCCAAGAAGAAGCUGCAGGCGCUCAGCAACCGCCUCUUUGAGGAACUGGCCAUGGAUGUUUACGACGAAGUGGACCGCCGGGAAAAUGACGCAGUUUGGCUCACAACCCAGAACCACAGCACUUUGGUGACCGAACGCAGCGCGGUGCCCUUCCUUCCCGUCAACCCCGAAUAUUCUGCGACUCGCAAUCAGGGGCGGCAGAAACUGGCUCGCUUCAACGCCCGGGAGUUUGCCACCCUGAUUAUCGAUAUUUUAAGUGAGGCGAAGCGUCGGCAGCAAGGCAAGGGGCUCACAAGUCCGACAGAGGUGGCCGACCCCUCCCUCCACGGCCGGAGUGACGUGGACGACCAGCACGAUUACGACAGCGUGGCUUCGGACGAAGACACGGACCAGGAGCCCCUGCGGAACGCCAACGCCGCGCGGAAUAACCGUGCCCGGAGCAUGGAUUCCUCCGACCUCUCGGACGGCCCCAUCACCCUUCAGGAGUACCUGGAGGUGAAGAAGGCCCUGGCCACCUCCGAAGCCAAAGUGCAGCAGCUGAUGAAGGUCAACAACAGCCUGAGUGAGGAACUGCGGAGGCUCCAGAGGGAGAUUCACAAACUGCAGGCAGAGAAUGUGCAGAUCCGGCAGCAGACGGGGCCGGCCCACCCAGCGGCCCCACCACCCAACGAGCGCUCCGACCACAGCCACAUUGCCACUGCCGCGGCCACCGCCGGCGUCCACCGGCGGGACCGCCACGCUUUCUCCAUGUACGAGCCGGGGGCCAGCGGCCUCAAACCCUUCGGGCAGCAGCCGGUAGAUGAUUUGGUGAGCCGACUGCAACCGUUCCACCCGGGGGAGGUGGAUGAUGACGCCUUGUACACCAUGCACAGCCAACCCAGCAUCUACCGGAUCCGGAAGGGCGGCUCUGUGUCGUCAGUACCUUUCCCCCCGUGUUCUCCGCUCGCCCCGUGCCCGUUGGAUAGCGGACGUCAUAUGACGGGAAAACUCGACCGGCACGGCAGCGGUACAGACAGCGACUAUGACAACACACAAGGAGGGGAUCUGCCACUCAGCAUGGAUGGGAAGCGCUUCCUCGAUCUAAGCAAGGAUGAGGACUCGCACCUGGAACCGGAACCUUUGGAAGGGGAUCUGGAUCCGGGCCUGCCCAGCACAGAGGACGUCAUCCUCAAGACGGAACAGGUCACCAAGAAUAUUCAGGAACUCCUCCGAGCCGCCCAGGAGUUCAAGCAUGACAGCAGCUUCGUCCCCUGCUCAGAGAAGAUCCAUGCUGCUGUCACGGAAAUGGCCUCCCUUUUCCCAAAGAAACCGUCACUGGAGACAGUCCGCAGCUCCUUGCGCCUGCUGAACGCCAGCGCCUACCGCCUGCAGAGCGAGUGCCGCAAGACAGUCCCGCCCGACCCAGGCGCCUCGGUGGACUACCAGCUCCUGACGCAGCAGGUCAUCCAGUGUGCCUACGACAUCGCCAAGGCGGCCAAGCAGCUCGUCACCAUCACCACGCGCGAGAAGAAGCCGUGAGCGAGGGAUGCCCGGCCUCUUCCACGCACACAACCCCCCGUGCGCAUGUGCGAGCGCUCUCUCUCUCUCUCCUUCCGCCUCCCCUUGAAGUGCCCUUCGCCUGCUCGGAGGGGGCUGUGCAGGGACUCCCCCCCCUCUCUGCCCCCCCUCCUCCUCGUGGCACCUCGUGAUUGUAAAUAGAUGUGGGGGGGCAGGCUCGGGUCCCCUGCACAAGGCGUCGGACGCCCACACAGGCAAAGAAAAUGUGGUUCUGUAAAUACUUCCGUCUCUCCUCCAUGGGAGGAAAAUAGUCCCUUCUCGGGAGGGGGGGGUGUAAAUCCGAACCCCUCCAGCCCCCCUGUCUUCCCUCCCCACUCCUCAUUAUAUAGUGCGUGGAACAGUAUGUAUGUGAACCCUCAAAACCCCCCAUGCAUUAUAUCUAUCUAUAUGGAUAGAUAGACAGAUAUACCCACACACAUAACACUAAGUGUAUUUAUCUCUCCCAACCUUGUCCUUCAACUAGUGUUAACACUGGAAUAGCAACAUGGUAGGUGCUGCGGAGACUGGUGUAGCCACAUACUCCCCCCCCAGGUGGUGCCACUUCCCUCUU